GGUUGAAAAUGUGACAGCGAGAAACAAAAGCCUCAUGGUUUGCCUCUUCAGACCUGACACCUCAUACACUGUCAGGCUUCGUCACAGCUACGAGGGCCCACAGAGUCCCUGGAGCCUGUGGAGCAAUGCCCAGCAUGGAAGGACAGGAGAGGACGCCCUUGCCUCGCCUUCUCGCCAAUGGCCGAGUUCUCUUCUUCAGUGUGACUUGUCAGACUGAAAGCGCUCAGGUCCUAAGUGAUCAUGGGAGCUGUAGUCAUUUGGGCCAUACAAGUACUUCCUGUAGCUUGCACCUCCCCGAGGGACGAUGCUCGUGCAAACUGACGGCUUCCACCUCUGCAGGGAGCUCGCCGAAAGCCCGAAUAUGGCUCCUUGGAGCUUCUGAGGCUGAGCCUCCACCCCCGAGACAAAUCACCGCAACUCCACUGGAUGAUAACAGCUUGGACAUACGUUGGAUGGCUCCGGUUGAUUGGUCACCAAGCGGCUUUGUAGUGGAGUGGUUUGCUGUCAAGGAAACAGAGAAAAACAACAGCAUCCUAUACUGGGAAAAGCUGAAUAGUUCCUGUAAAUCACUGGUAAUCACAGAGGGAGUAAAACCGAUGGAGCGUUAUGCUGUUUCUGUCACAGCUCUGUACGGCGAACAAGGGGCAGGACAGGAUGGCACCAUCCACAUGUAUACGCGCCAAGGAGCGCCCACAGCUGCUCCUAAAGAAGUGCUGGUGCAGCAGAUCACUGGCCGCACAGCGGAGAUCGUCUGGAGUCCCGUACCUGUGGAGCUGCUUCAUGGUUUCAUCCGCAACUACACAAUCUCCUACUCGAAAGAAAACCAGCAAGCCAAGAGAGUGCUUGUGCCCGGUCAUGUUCACCAUUACUCUCUAAAGAAUCUGUUGCCGGGUAACUACAUCAUCUUGGUGCAGGCCAACACUGAUGCUGGACCUGGAAAAGCUGGCUUCACUAAAAUGCACAUAGGUGAAGGCUCUGACGAAAUGUCGAUUGUGACGUACACCCUCCUUUCUAUAAUGGGGACUACGCUGCCGCUGGCACUGAUUGCCUGCCUGGCACAGAGUAAGAUGGUGAAACAGAAGCUGUGUCCUGACGUCCCUGAUCCAUCCGAUAGCAGUUUAGCCAACUGGACCCCGAAAACCACAUUGGAGAACAUGCCUGUGAUGACUGAAUUCAAAAUCGAACACUCGAAAGUUGUUUUGCUUGGUGAGAGUGAGCUGGAGAACUCCAACCCAGACGAGUACCUCACCGAUCACAGUGUCUGUGAUCUCCAAACAUACUCCUCUCCCUGCCACUCUCCGCAGUCGGUUUCACAGGCUCAGACAACUCAAAACACCACCCAACCUGUGAAAAAGUGCUUCACCAGGGCCAAGACGACCUCUAACGCUGACCUCUCCUCCUGCCCCUCCGUCUACUCCAGUGUCCACUUCUCUCAGAUGCCCCCAAGUCCUCCUACACUCCUCCUAGACUCCACUUAUCAAAGCAAUCACUGGCAGCACAGCACCGUCAGCGUCAAUGAGGUUAACCUACAGCUAGGUGGAGACAGUGAGCCGUCUGCGUCUCCACGGGGCGCCACAAGAGCCCAUUCACCUCUCUCCAAACCAGAUGAACUGAAAACCUUCAGGUAUUUUCUGAGACAGCAUCAAAGCCCUGUCUGCUUCUUUGACCUCAGCAGCAUCUCUCAUUCCUCCGUCUUGCUUUCUCACCCAGCCGAGGUCACGUCACCCCAAAACCCUUUUUCUCAAAGCGUCUAUAAGUCGGUCCCGUCGCUCCAGCCCAAAACUUUCACCCACACCGCUGAUCUUUCACCUUUUCCUCAAUCUCUUUUUGUGGAUUUCUCCUACUGUCCUCUGAAGUGUGAUCCUUACACCUCCUCAUUAAAUCAUCAAUAAGUUAUUAAAACUUUCAUUACUUUUCCUUUUGACAAGACAGGAAACAGCUUGCCUGGCUUUGUCCAAAGGUUAGAAAAAAUCUUUCUUUCUUUCUUUCUUUCUUUCUUUCUUUCUUUCUUUCUUUCUUUCUUUCUUUCUUUCUUUCUUUCUUUCUAAAGCUCACUUUUAUCUCAUUUUAUAAUUGAUAUUUGUGGUACAAACUUUGGACAGAGGCUGCAUAUUUACCAUAAAGACACCAGAGCGGCUUUAAUCUUCUCAAUUCAACUUGACAAAAGAAAAAGUUCAGGGGGGGCGGGCUGUCCAUAAAUACUCUUUAGGUAUUAUUUGUGAUAUUUGUCCAUGUUUGAUCGACUGUGAAGGUUUUUACAAUGUGUUUUCAACAUUCACUCAGUACAUGUACUGUACAGUUUGAGCCCUGACUGAGGAAUGUACAUGUAAAUAGGCCAAAACAUUGUCUGCUGUUUUUACUCUGUAUAUACUGAUGUUUGCCUGUUUUAUUUGCCUUUGCACACAUACACGGCAAAGACCAAUCCUAGGUGCUUUUGGAUUGGCUGUGGUUAUUUUAUCACCUCCCUGCUGGUCAGUUUCUCCUAGUGGCAGCUGGUUCUUGUCGUAUCUUCCUCUUGACACGUUACAUAUCUUUUCUGUUAUGUCUCAUGUUACUUUGAAAACUCACUCACAUUCAGACCUCUUUCACAGCUAAAAUGCUGCUGACCUGGAAUUUAAGCUUACAAUAAGCUAUCUUGGCUGCUGUGUUUGUACCUAUGAUUACCUCAGAGUUGAAGUUCAUUUCUGUUUUCAUCAUUUGUAUGUUUUAAAAUGUGCAUGAACCAACAUUUCAGCAUUAAAACUGUAGAUUUUC